AUGAUUUCUUCGAAUGCAUGGUUGGCCAGCAUGAGCAACAGUAUCUUAUCUUACGCCCCCUCCCUGUCCUCAUUAGUGUCUGUGUGGAAACAUCAUGCUGAUGCCAACCUUACAUCAACAGAAAAACAGCCAAUAAACCUCAUGGACCCACAAACAUGCACAUAUACAAGUAUGUGUAGCAAAGAUAUUGGCCUGACUAUGAUAUCAAAUCAACCUCAGAAAUCCCCCGAAGCUUAUUUGUAUUCUACUUUACGAAACCCCAUGAGGAUAUUGCGCUUUUCAUGUAUUGAGCGCAUCCACUUUGCUAGAUUUCUUGGUUCUGAGUGGCAAGCUAACAUGGGGGAGAUAGCUUUACCAAAUGGCAUUAGCAAUGGCAGUAUUAAUGGAGUCAAUGGACAAAGCCAUUCUCUGAAUGGUUACAGGAAGAGUUGUUGGUAUGAAGAAGAGAUCGAAGAGGACUUAAGAUGGUGCUUUGCUCUCAACAGUAUAUUGCAUACAGGAGCUAGCCAGUACCAAGACAUUGCUUUGUUGGACACAAAACCCUUUGGAAAGGCUUUGGUAAUUGAUGGAAAGCUUCAGAGUGCCGAGACAGAUGAAUUUAUCUAUCAUGAAUGUCUAGUUCAUCCGGCUCUGCUUCACAAUCCUAACCCAAAGAAUGUUUUUAUUAUGGGAGGAGGAGAAGGCUCUACUGCAAGAGAAUUGCUCAGGCACAAGACCAUAGACAAAGUAGUAAUGUGUGACAUAGAUGAGGAGGUGGUGAAUUUCUGCAAAUCGUACUUGGUUGUGAACAAGGAAGCAUUCCGUGAUCAAAGACUUGAGGUCGUCAUCAAUGAUGCCAGGGCUGAGCUAGAAGCGAGAGAUGAGAGUUAUGAUGUGAUAAUUGGCGACUUGGCAGAUCCAAUUGAUGGAGGACCUUGCUAUAAACUCUACACUAAAUCCUUCUAUGAGUUAAUUGUCAAGCCUAGACUGAAGCAAGGUGGCAUAUUUGUGACACAGGCGGGACCAGCUGGAAUAUUUAGCCACACAGAAGUGUUCUCAUGUAUCUACAACACCUUGAGAAAAGUUUUCAAGUAUGUGGUGCCUUAUUCAGCUCACAUCCCAUCCUAUGCUGAUAUCUGGGGAUGGGUCAUGGCUUCAGAUUCUCCAUUAGACCUGAAUGCAGAAGAGCUAGACCUCAGAAUGAGACAAAGGAUUAAGGGGGAAAAUAGAUAUCUUGAUGGGAAAACAUUCACAUCCGCCUCAACUUUGAGCAAAACUGUUCGCAAGUCGCUGGACAAUGAAACCCAUGUAUACACAGAGGAAAGUGCUAGGUUCAUAUAUGGCCAUGGCAAGCAUGCAUAA